AUGGAAGGCAACCAGACGAUCCUCGAGCCUCCCGACCAGGGCGUGCAGGCAGCGGGGCGUUCUUCCGAGCGCAAGGUGAUGAACUUCGCGUUCGACAAGAGUUACUGGUCGGCGGGCUCCAGGGACGACGCGAACUACUGCUCGCAGCAGACCCUGUACGACGACCUCGGCAAGGAGCUGCUCGACCAUGGAUUUGCGGGAUUUAAUGCAUGUAUCUUGGCUUAUGGACAGACAGGGUCCGGGAAAUCAUACAGUAUGAUGGGAUACGGUGCCGACAAGGGAAUCAUUCCUCUCACUUGUUCUGAACUUUUCACGCGGGUAGACGACAAGAAGGCGGCGGAUCCGCACAUUAAUUUCACUGUCGAGGUGUCCUACAUAGAGAUCUAUAACGAGAAGGUCAGGGAUUUAUUGAAUCCGAAGAACACUGGAAACCUCAGGGUCCGAGAGCAUCCAAGCUUAGGGCCUUACGUCGAAGAUUUAUCCAAAUUGGUAGUCAGCAGUUACGACGAGAUGAUGCAACUGAUGGACGAGGGUAAUAAGGCGAGAACAGUCGCGGCUACCAACAUGAACGAGACAUCAUCCCGUUCCCAUGCUGUUUUCACGCUCAUAUUAACUCAGAAGCGGCACGAUGUUGGCACGAAUCUGGAUACUGAGAAAGUAUCCCGGAUCAGUUUGGUCGAUUUGGCUGGGUCGGAACGUGCAAAUUCGACUGGUGCUACGGGUCAGCGACUCAAGGAAGGUGCCAACAUCAACAAGUCUUUGACUACACUGGGAAAAGUCAUCGCCUCUCUUGCGGCCGCUAGCCAGGCUGAAGCCAAGAAGGGGAAGAAAGGGAAGGCGGAUGAAUUCGUCCCAUAUCGAGACUCUGUCCUAACGUGGCUGUUAAAAGACAGCUUGGGUGGUAACUCCAAGACGGCUAUGAUCGCUGCUAUUUCUCCCGCCGAUGUCCAGUAUGACGAAACAUUGAGUACGCUGCGUUAUGCCGACCAGGCCAAGAAAAUCAAGAACAAAGCCGUUGUCAACGAGGACCCUAACGCUAAGCUUGUUCGAGAGCUCAAAGAGGAGCUUGAGAUGCUCAGAGCGCGCGUUUCGGGCUCGUCUAGCGAAGCUGUAUUCGAUCCAUCUAUCCCGGCUGCACAACAGAAGGUCACGUACCAAGCCAAGGACGGCACAAUUAAGACUGUCACUAAGGCAGCGCUGCAAGAGCAACUCGAGACGAGUGAGAAGCUUAUGCAGAGUCUGAACGAGACGUGGGAGGAGAAGAUGCAGCGGACACAGGAAGUCCAGAAGGAGCGAGAAAAGGCCCUGGAAGAGCUGGGUAUCUCCAUUGACAAAAACAACGUCGGUGUGCAUACACCCAAGAGGAUGCCUCAUUUGGUAAACUUGAACGAAGAUCCGCUUAUGAGCGAGUGCCUGAUCUAUCAGCUCAAGCCUGGGCGGUCAGUGGUUGGGCGGCUUGAUAGCCAGAAACCCGCCGCAAUACGUCUGAGUGGCGAGAGUAUCGCAGAGGAACAUUGCUACUUCGAACACAACGACGGGAAGGUGACCCUCCAUGCGAUGCCUGACGCCGUGACGUUCUUGAACGGACGACAGAUCACUGCUGGACAAACAUUCAAACUACGUUCGGGUUUUCGCAUCAUUCUAGGGGAGCAUCACGUCUUCCGCUUCAACAACCCCGAAGAGGUUAGGAAACAACGUGAUCGAGCAAAGCAAAAGUCAAGUCUACAUAUCAGUAUUUCCGCUAGUGAUAUACAGGCUGCCCAGGAGAGUGACCCGACGCGGCCGCAGUCGCCUGCUUCCUCCGUUGAUCUCGCUGACGUGGACUGGACUUUCGCGAAGCGUGAAGCUGCAUUCGCUCGACUAGGGCUGGACCCAUCGCUCGACAAUCUCCCAGACGAGGACUUGAAUAAGCUAUUCGAGAAGAUCGCGAAGGUGAAGACCAUGCGAGACCAUAAUGCUAAGCCCCGUCCAGAGAGCAGCCUUAGCCAAGUGGAUGAUAUUUGGAGCGAGUCUGGGAGGCCAUUCUCGAGCGAUGCAUUUACAGAUGAUACCAGCGUUGACGCGAUGACUAGCCAUGAUAGCCCGGAUGUAGGUGGGUCUUUGAAAGACGUCCAGAGUCAGCUGGAGACGCAGCGUGUCGAAUUCGAGUCGCGGCUACAGGCCAUUGCUGAAUCCUCGGAGGCGGAAGACCUCAAGGCGGAAAAGGAGCAAAUGGAGCAUCAGCUGAAACUCGUCCAGUCGCAUAUGAAGCGCCUCUUGGAUGCUCGGGCUAGAGGGGAGGUUGAUGCGGAGCUGGAAGCGUUCGAGCCAGUCAUAUACACCGCGAAGCAACUGCGCUUGAUACGCAAAGUGUUGGAUAAAUGGCGGGCACAUCGUUCCUUCUCUAUGGCUGAGGUCGUGCUAUCUAAUGCUGUCUUCGUCAAAGAAGCCAAUGUGAUCAGGGAGCUUAGGAAAGGUGUAUCAUACAACUUCACCGUGGCUUCUGGCGGAUCACUUGCAGCACCUGCAUCAGCUAUUGACACUAUCGCUGGGUUGGAUCAAUUCGGCGAUGUCGUCGACCCUGUGUUAGCGUCCACAACACAGCCCUGUGUAGCCGUCAAAGUCUUGGACAAGCGCAAUAAUGCUAUAUACGCUUGGUCGCUAGAUCGCCUGCAGCAGCAAUUACAGCGCAUGCGCAAUUUAACCACUUUCAUUGACCGCCCAUCUUACUCCCAGCACUUCUCGUCCGAAGAGCCGUUUUAUGAUUCUCCGCCUCCGGAAUAUUCAUUUAUUGGAAAUGCCUUGCUAUCACUCGCACCGCUAUCACGUCGACUGUCUUCCACUUGUAUUGCGCCCAUCUUUUGUCGAUACACUGCAGAGGCCAUUGGUUCAUGCCGCAUGGAGGUCAAGAUUGCCAAUUUCGUGCUGUCCCCCAAACAUGCUAAUUCGUCAACAACGUCUACCCGAGCAUCUUCUCCUGUACCAGGGACAGUGCCCCCUGGGAGCAAACUCACCUUCGUCCUGAGUGUAGACUCUGUCAAGGGAUUGUCGCAUCACGACUUCUCUUCCGUCCAUCUCCAAGUGCGGCUGUCGUCAUUCAUGGGGUCAUCCAUAUCAUCGGAAGAGGUAUACCCUUCACCGGCGCUGGACAUGGAUGCAUCCGUCCUCUCGGACCUCAAAUUCCGCCGCAGCUUCUCGAUUGUCGCAUCUUCCAAAGUCCUCACAUAUCUUCGACAGGGCUAUGCCCCAAUAGAGUUCUUCGCCCGCUUGAAGCCCACAUAUAUAGAACGCAUGGAGCGCUGGGACGAGCUCCGCGAGCAACGUCUUCCGCUGAAUGGUAGUAGAUCUAGCACUCCGGACAGUAAACCUCCAACUCUGCCCCUCAUGCGCCGCUCGGAGACCGACUUUGUCAUGGAGCAAAGUCAUGACGUUGUCGCCUGGCUUCAGAUUAGUGAGCUGGCUCCGGACGGUGCGUACAGCCCUGUGGCUGUCAUUUCGCAGGGCAACCUGGAUCCAGGUGCGUUCCAGCUGCAUCAAGGUCUACAACGGCGCAUUGUGCUAUCGCUGUUCUCAAAUUCGGGUCGGCAACUACCCUGGACCGAGGUGACGCGAAUACGGCUCGGGAACGUUCGACUUCUCGACGCCAAAGGGCGCUUGCACGAGUCGAAUUCAAAAUCGCUAGUCACGCUGCCCCUGCUGCAGCAGCAGACGGUCGACUUCCGGAUGGACGGGACGGGCACUCUGUCCGCGGAGGCGCUCUGGGACUCCAGCGUCCACGACUCCGUCCUCCUGAACCGCGUUACGGGCUCCAGCCAGCGCAUACUGCUGCAGAUUAGCUGGUCUGUGAAUGUGGACAUCUGCGCGGAGCCGGUGCAGUUCGCGAUGGACACGGCGGUGUCCAUCCAGACGCGCGACGCGCGGCCCCCCUCGCGCUUCAUGGCGCUGCUCGGGUCGGCGAAGGUCAUCCCGAAGACGAGCACCGUCUUUACUGUGCGGCUGUCCCCGCCCUUGACGCGCUCUCCCAAGGACCUCUGGCGCCUGGAUACGGCGGAGAAGUACGUCCGCGGCGAGGAGGCCCUGGGUGUGUGGCGGCCCCGGGGCGUUUCGGCGGUCGAGGACUACAACAAGCUGGUGUCGAUGGAGCGGCGGGCGGCGGACGUGCAGGCGAUCCGCGUCAUCCUCGCGGCGUCGCCGCACAGCCGCGUCACACAGACGGACGCGGUCGUGUGGGCGUCUGAGGACCUGCUCCGCAAGGCGCUCGACCUGUGGCAGAAGAAGUUUGGACAUCGCGGUGAGAUUGUGAUCAGCCAGGAUCCUGUUGAGCCGGAGGAGUCGAGCGUCAAGUCAGGGAAGACCUCCGGGACGCAGUCUGCGGAGUCGGUGAAGCUCAUCUCGUCGACGAAGGUCAUCCCGCGAAACGAUGGGCCGACGAAGAAAGGCCAUAUGAUGAUUAUGAUCGACGCCAACGAGAACGUUUGGGAGAAGCGAUGGUUCGUCUUGCGGAGACCGUACCUGCACGUCUACGCCCACUCGAACGAGGUGGAAGAGACCAGCGUCAUCAACCUCAACGGGGUGAACAUCGAGCGCAACCCCGAAAUGGAAGCUUUGCUCGGAAAAAAAUUCACGUUCACCUUGUUCACCGCAUCCAACUCAUACGCGCUUGCCGCUCCGAGUCUUAAGGAGCUGCAGGCAUGGACAUCGAAAUUAGAUCCCACGAGACUCCCGUCAUGA